AUGUCAAAGAUCAAUGUAGUCCGACUCUUGAUGAAUGAAGAUACAUUUCCACUAAGGGAUGACUCAGUGUAUACAGAUAGAGUUUCACCACAUCGACAUGAAGUGCUUAUGGUGUGGCACAGAAGCUCGCAAGGCAAGUUGACAUUAUUACUUAUAGCUAUUCUGAUCUCUAACCAUUUAGAUUCCUCGUAUGCUCAUGAAAUGUUUCCUGCCGUCAGCGGGAACUCAAUAGCGGUCUUUACUAUUGGGUUUGACAUACACCACGCAAAGUUAGAUGACCAACAAAGCACGGUGUAUACAGAUAGAGUUUCACCACAUCGAAAUGAAGCGUUAUGGUGUGGCGCAGAAGCUCGCAAGGCAAGUUGA